CCUCGGCGCCCUUCGCCAUCCAUCUCCCGCUCCGGGGCUGGCUUGGCCUGUGCUGACUCCGCAUUCAGCGGGGCUGGAAGGGGCUGACACGGUCCCCGGGCAGGCGCCUGGCGGCGUCCCUCGCUCCCAAGCGGGCUGCUGCUUUGCAACUGGCAUGUGGCGCCAAGCGGGAGUCCGCUCCUGAAGCUGCUCCCGGUCCUUCCCCUCCAGCCCCGGUUGGCUGGGCUAGAGCAACGCAGUUCUGCUGCUCUUCUUCUUUCGCGAAGCCGUUUCGCGAGGCUUGACUCGCGGUAUUUGGGGGAUGAUCCAAACGGCGCUAUUAGUCCGCAAUAGUGAACAAGGCGGCUCACAAUCCACCAGCGAAGUCUCCCGCUCCUGCUGGGGAGUGGUGGUGAGAAUGACGGGGAUGACUUUGGCCACAACUGGAAACCUCCGGAGCAGGAGCUGAUCGUGAAGCUGGUGGCCCAGAUUGAGUAUUACUUCUCAGAUGAAAACCUUGAAAAAGAUGCCUUUCUCCUGAAGCAUGUUCGGAGGAACAAGAUGGGAUACGUCAGUGUCAAGCUCCUGACAUCUUUCAAAAAGGUAAAACACUUGACCCGUGACUGGAGAACCACAUCUUAUGCCCUGAAAUAUUCUGAUGUUUUGGAGCUGAAUGAAGACAACAGGAAGGUCCGUCGUAACACUCCUGUCCCCGUCUUCCCUAGCGAGAAUCUCCCAAGCAAGAUGCUGCUUGUCUAUGACAUCUGCUUGGUUUCUGAUCUCCAUCCUCCAGAUGGAGGACAAGAGAAUGGAUGUGUUCAAGAGAAGAUAAUGGAGCAUCUCCUCAAAGCCUUUGUCAGGUUUGGCGUCAUCUCGUCGGUUCGCAUCCUCAAGCCUGGUCGGGAUCUUCCACCAGAUAUCAAGAGAUUCAGCAGCCGAUACAGCCAAGUGGGAACCAAAGAAUGUGCGAUCAUCGAGUUUGAAGAGGUAGAUGCUGCUAUCAAAGCUCAUGAGUCUAUGUGCAUCAGGGACAAUGAAACUGCCAUGAAGGUUAUCCUCAUUGGAAUGAAGCCUCCAAAAAAGAAGGUCCUCAAAGACAAGAACCGUGAAGAAGACUCCAGCAAGGCUCUCAGCAAAACGCGUUCAGUGAACAAGAGGGUUGAAGAACUUCAGUUCAUUGGUGAUGAAUCUUCAGCCAACAGCUCCUCUGAGCCUGAGAGCAACCCAGCAUCACCCAUGUCUGGGCGCAGAAGCAACUCUUCCAACAAAUUGAGUCUUUCUGCCUACCAGAACAAUCAUCUUAGCCCAAACGUGUCUCCAAGAUCCAGCCCUUGGAGCAGCCCUUCUGCACUGCGUAAAGUGUCCAGGAUGUCCCCACUUGCUGGAGAAGGAAGGCUUAGCCUGAGCACCAGCCCUGAGACAUCAAGGAGAUGCAUGGAUUAUUCAUCGGACAGUAGUGUUACUCCUUCCAGCAGCCCGUGGGUCCAGAGGAGGCGGCAAGCUCAGACUCUGACACAAGAGAAAAGUCCUGUAGGCAGCCCAGUGCAGAGUCCCAAAAUACCGACUGCAGUUGGGUUACCCGUUGGCGUUCUGCGUCUGCCCAGGGGCCCUGAUGGUACGAAGGGAUUCUAUAACUGCCACGAAAGGAACAGGCCCACAAAGAACGAAGAAGCUUCGUGUGGUGCAUUGAACUGAUGGACUGUCCCAGUGCUGUCCUCCUCAAGGACUUGCCUCAUUGUAGUAUUUUCCUUUUUUUUAAAAAAAGCUUUUCUAUCUGUGUAGCUUUGUAUGUUUAUAUUCGCACUUAAAUCUAUAUGUUGUCUUCAUUUUAUUUUAUUUUGACUGAAAUCUCAGCUGUGCUGCAUUUUACUUCUCUUUUUUAUACCAGGAAUAACCAAACAUUUUAGGGGGGAAACCUUUUUAUUUUGCAAAGUGCAAAUAUAUUUUAGUGUGUGCAAUGGUCAGAGUUGUACCCAUUAUUUUAACAGUAUGUCGAAGCCUCUCUUGUAUGUAAUCUUUGAAAGGAACUCUGGAGUUUCUGAUAUAUUGCUAGCGUUGACGGUCAAAAAGACAAUUCUGAGUGUUUUUUUAGACAAAAAGUGUAUUGGUAUGAAUAAAAAGCCAAAAACAUUAAAAAAUGUUUUAUCUCCUGGCUCAUCAGGCUUCAA